AUGCCCUCGCUGGCCCACGCCAUGUCGUUGGUGAACCCCACGGCGCCCACACCCUCGGCCACCACCACCACGGCGGCAUCGGCUGCCCGUGGCGUCUCCGCCGUGGGUCCGUUCCUCCGCCUCGCCGUCUCCUCUGCACAGACUGCUGCGGCAAAGGCUGCUCUCCCGCCUGACUCUGCCCGACUCCUCGCAGCAGCUGCUGCGAAUGGCUCUGCCCCGGCUACCCGCGCUGGCUCUGCCCACCAGCUCAUCAAUCUCCUCCACGCUGCCCCUGCUGCUGCUGCUGCUGUCCUUCAUCGUCUCUCUGUCUCCGAUCUGUAUGCGCUGAGAGCAACGUCCAAGAGUGCUCGUCGGCUGGUCGAUGCUGCUCGCUCGUGGGCUCAUCUGCCGCCCGAGCUAUGGCCGUUGAGGGAGCUCUCCCACUCGGCCUUGAUCGGUUGGGCCUCGUCUGGCCCGCUGGCCUUGGUCACAGCCCUGGACCUCUCUUCCUGCCAUGCUGCUAGCGAAGAGAUGCUGCUGGCUCUGGCUCGCUCCACCCGCGCCCUUACUCGCCUCAUCCUUGUCGCCACACGCGGGGUCACCGACGCUGCCGUCGCUGCCCUCACCGCUGCCAACACCGGCCUCAUCGCGAUCCGCAUCUCCCGUGCCCGCGCCCUUACUGAUGAGGGCGUCAUGGCCCUAGUGGACGCCGCCCGCGACCUCGAGCGUCUCGAGCUAUCGUACUGCCCCAAGCUGACAGACGUCUCGGCAAAAGUGGUGGGCGGCAUCCUGGCAAAGCUCUCCUGGCUCGUCCUCGAUGGCCUGCGCAAGGUCUCGCCCGAAGGCGUCGCUGCUCUGGCCAACGCUGGCCAGAAGUACGCGCACCUCUCGCUCACCGGCCUGCGUGGCGUCGACGCACCAUCCCUGGCUCGCCUCGCCCCUGCCCUGGCGCCUGCUGGCCACCUUUGCCUUGCGUCGUGUCCGCGCCUCUCGGCUGCCGGUCUCCGCGCCCUUGCACUCUCCCCUUCCUUUACUCCAGGCACGCUCGUGUUGCGCGCUACCGGGCGCGACUGUAGCGAUGCCGCCGCCGGCCUGCUGCACACAUCGCCGCAGACCGCCUUUGCCAGUCUUGCCACCCUCGACCUUUCGUCUUGCGCCGGACUUGACUCUGCCGUCAUUGCCCAUCUCGCCACGGGCACCUUUCCAGCCCUUACCCGCCUCGCCCUCGAGGGCCAUCCGCGCCUUGGCGACGCCAAUCUUUCCCAGCUCCUCCUCGCCGCACCGGCGUUGACCUCGAUUGCACUCACCGGCUGUCGCAUGCUCGGCGACACGAGCCUCAGCGUCCUCGGUUCCCGCGGGCCAGGUCUUGUCCAUCUGGCACUGGCCGGUGCUGAGCUCGCCACGCCAGCCGGCUUUGCCGCCCUUGCAUCCGGACGUGCGCUUGCGAGGUGUACUUUGCUCGAUCUAGCCAACUGUUGCGGUCUGCGCGGCGAUGGCCUGCGCGCACUCGCUGCUGCCGCUCCACAGCUUACCGAGCUCAAUGUUAGCGGCAACACUGAGGUGCUCGCCGCCGACGUGCUGGCGGUGCUGGCGGCGCUCGGCCCACACAUGCUCAGAAAGCUCGACGCGAGCUACACUCACGCGCCAGCGGCGCUUGAACAGCCUGCUGUCGAGUUGGACCCGCAGUUUGUGCCGUCGGCGCUCCCGCGGAUGACGGAGCUCUCGUUCGCCGGCUGGCCGGUGGUCGACGCGGAGCUGCUGACCGCUUUUGCUCGCGGCCCGCUGCCAAGCGCCGCCCGCUCGCUCACCCACCUCAAUCUCGAGGCAUGCACCCAAGUCGACGAUGAGAGCGUCCGACUUGUGGCAUCGGCGCUGCCGCAUCUGUCGGUGGUCAAUUUCAACUGGUGCACUCGGGUGACCGACGCCGGCGUGGUGGCUCUUGUCGCGCUGACUGGCCCGCGGCCGGGCCGAGACGGCGGGAGUGGCGGCGACGACGGCGACGAACUCGGCGAGUCAGACCCGUUUGCCGACGAUGCGCUGAGCGGCUUUGUGGGCCUCUCGUCGUUUGCCUCGGCCCACCACGUGGCGUCGACGUCGUCGGCGACAGGCAUUCCGGCAGCGUCGCCACAGCCACUUGCCUCGAUCGCGCCCACACGAUCGCGCUCGCGGUCCAAGUCGCGGUCAUCGGCCAAGCCGCCUGCUGCAGGCGGACAACUGCCGACGAGCAAUGGCAAGAAGAAGCACAAGAAGAAGAGAAAGACGCACCAGAAGUCCGCGCUCGGGAACCGGCUGGUCUCUGUCGACUCGCUCGUCGAUGAUAGCGGCGACGGCGGCGACGGAGGAGGCGGCGACAAGGUCUCGUUGCCGUCGGUAUCGUCGUCGCUCCUCUCACGGAUCGGGCUCUACGGCUUGCACCAGCUGACCGACGCAGCACUCGACGCGCUCGGGCUCUGCCGCUCGCUGGAGCAAGCCAACAUUGGCUCGUGCCCGCGGCUGUCCGAAGGCGGACAGCAGCGGCUCCUCCACGCGCUGCCACGGGUGGUUCUUGUUUACGCCGAGCCACGCAAUCCUUAAAAUCUUUGUGUCCA